GAAACUCACUGUGUCUGCAAGAGCCGAAACUCACAGGACGACUCCGGAAACCAUAACAUGGAAGGAGAACUGCAGUUCUGCAGGAAAGGCCAAAAAAGUGUGCCCUCUGCCCAGCUGCCCCUCCUUGUCGUCUGCUCCAGGUGUGAGAACCCCUUCCUGCAGGCGAAGGUGGCUGAACACAGAAGAAAGCUGGCAGUCCUUUCCCUACAGGAUUAUGGGUGCAGCCAAGGCAAGGCGUCCCUGGUUCAGGAAAGAUUGAAUGUUCUUUUGAGAUUUGUGAAGACAGAAAGUAGGAAAGGAAAGCUCCAGGAGACAGUCAAGGCCAAGGUGCAGUAUGCAAAGAGACAGCAGGGCAUGCCAGAGGACUGCCUGGAGUUUCAUGAGAUCUGAAAAUGACCCCUGACCUUGGUACAAUCAAACACAUCAGGAUGAAUGUUAUACUAUCUCAAAGUCUAAGAAAUAUUUGCCAACUAGAAGCCAAGAAUUCCUCCUCUAUCCCUUCCAAGUCAAGCUGCUAAGGAUCAAACUUCCAGAGCAAAGAAAGAUGCCCAUCCAAACACAAAAAAUAGACACAGAUUUCCUCUUCUUUCUGAAAAUUCAACAAAGCAAGCACCAAGAGGUACAACCAAAACCAUGGAUCUGCCCUUGAAGUGAGAGCACAAGCCCAGGGUCACCUCCCCUGGAGAAGAUGAGGCAGCCUACAACAUUCUGAGGAGAUGCUCUCAGUGUGGUACCCUACUUCCCCUGCCCAUCCUAAAUCAACAUCAGAGAUAUUGGUUUGCCCAAGAGCUACAGAGAAACAGAAGAAAGGGCUCCAGCUUUUCCACCUGAGAAUUCUGAUCAAAAAUCUAGGCCCCACAGCCUAGACACCCAGCUUUGUCUCUGAAGAACAAAAGUACCCUCCCUGAGAGCUUCCAUUCACCUUUCCUUACAUUCCUCACUGGUGUUCCGGGGGUGAGGGAUGGCGGCAGCUAGGACAGCAGGAAAACAAGUGAUUGCCUUUCAUCCCCCAUUUUUGGAAGCCCUGCCUACCGCACAGCCUCACUGGACAAUCUGGUUCCUUGAUGGAUGAAGAAAGCCAACUGCUCCAACCCCCAGAUCAGAGCUACUGGGCCACUCUGCCCGAUGUAUGCCUGUGUCGUGUUUUCUGGUGGCUGGGAGACAGGGACAGGUCCAGGGCAGCCCUUGUCUGCAGAAAGUGGAACCAGACGAUGUAUUCAGCUGAGCUCUGGCGAUACAGGACCAUCACAUUCAGCGGGAGGCCCUCCAAAGUGCAUGCAUCCGAAUACGAGUCUGCUGUUUGGUAUGUUAAGAAAUUUGGCCAUUAUCUGGAGCAUCUGGAGAUCAAAUUCUUGCAUCCUUACAACGUUUUCUUGACCAAGAAGUUCCAGAUCACCAUGCGAGGCCUUCUCUCAUGUCUGGGCAAGUGUAAUGAGGGUCUGAAAUCUCUCUCCAUUCAGCACCUGGAGCUGGACCGUCUGGUCUGGAGAAACAGCGUAAGGAGGUCAUUCAUCAAAAGCUUAAGCUUCUUCUUAAAGAAAAUGGGCAAACACCUGGAUCGUCUCAACCUGAAAGGGGCCAGGCUGACCUUGGAGCAAGGCUGCCAUGUGCUCAACUCCCUGAGCUCUCUAAGGAGCAGAAGUGUGGUGUCAGAACUCAACAUCGAGGACUUCUUCAGCCACCACCUCGCUGUCUAUGGCAGCCCCCAGUUCAAUAGGACCAUGGCCAUGUUCCAUGGCCUAGUGUCCCUGACCCUCAACUACAACUGCAUCUCCGAUGAGCUGCUGGAGAACUUGAGUGAGAACAAUGCCAGUACCCUCAGAAACAUGUACAUUAAAUGCCACAUUCAUGACCCCCACAGGCAGGUCAUCUGGGGCAUGUCCUGGGCCAAGCUGGCCAGGCACACCACUAACCUGAAGGUGAACUUCUUCUUUGAGUGGGUCAUGACGUAUGAGCGCCUGGCCAGGAUCCUCUUACAGGAGAUCCCUGUCAGGAGCAUAAGUCUGAGAAGCUGCUAUUUCAGUGACCCAGACUGGUCGAUGAAGCCCACUCUGCUGGAUCUCCUGCCCACCUUCCGGCACACUCUGAAGAAAUUAACUUUUGAGUUCAACAACAACCAUGAAUCACUGGAUGAGGAGCUGUACCUCCUCAUCUUAUCCUGCAAGAAGUUGUUUUACUUAAAAAUCUGGGCUUUCCUUGAUGUUAAGUUCGUGGAGAGGACCCUGAAGAGUCAGAGGAAAGGCCAAUGUGCCCUGCACACGCUCAAGGUGAGAAUUUAUACAAACAGAUAUGAGACGGAUGAAGAGGACAGGAUGCUGAGGGAAAUUUACAGGAAGUACAGAAAGCUGAUCGAUUCAGAGCUUAACUAUUUUGUCACCGUGUACCCCAUGAUGUAGUGAGCAUCUUCCAGAAGGAGGCAGCCAGCACUUCCAACCUGACAGCUCAGUUCUCACCAAAGACACUUGGGACAUCCCCUCCCACAGCCCUCUUGCUUCUCCCUCUCCUUGUUGCCAGUCCACACCCACAUGAACACCCCAGCAAAAGCUGGGACGGCUGGUGAUGUGAAGGUACCAGGUGGCCUUAAAGUGCAAUCUUUACCAACGAUGCAGAGGCUAUUUCUGGUUUUGUCAUUUGGUUUUGUUUUUUGAUGCCCACACUCAGCCAUAAAGCUAAGAGCCCAAAGCCACUCAGAGCAGUGUUGCACUCUGACUCCUGCUCACGGGUGCUCUGGAAAAGGCGGGACUAGUCAGGAAGCAAACAAAACUGAGUUUUUUUUCCUGACAUCAGUUCAGAAAUACUUCCUGUCCUGGCUGACCUUCAUGUCAGUCUCAGGACACUGCCUGAUCUCGGAUGAAUAGAAAUGCACCAGCAUGUCUCCAAGGAACAGGGAAAUGCCCACUUUUAGAAGGAGCCUGCUCAGAGCUGAAUUCCCUCCCACAGAUGGAACUCAGCCCCUGACUUACAGGUGGUGUGCCCCCAGGUCCCCAGUGUCCUCUUUACUGUUGUCUCUUCUAUCUUCCCAUACCGGUGGCAUCGUGUCCAACCUGCUGUGAACACUCAGUCAUUGGGGGUGGGGCUGAAUCGAAGUGGCUGUUACACUCACACUUAACGAACAAUUUGUAAUGUCAGGGGGGUACUCCUAAUGCAAUGUUAAGUGAGAAAAGCAGGACAUAAAAUUGUUUAUUUAGUGUGAUAUCAAUCCUGAAAAACACAUAUAUGGGUUUUCUUUUAGAAAGCAUAGAAGAGAUAUAUCAAAAAUGUUAACAGUUACCUCUGGGUGGUAGAAUUAUGGGUGGCUUUUAUUUCCCUUUUUAUGCUUUCCCUGAACUCUAGUGGGUUUUAAACAGGGAGUAAUUACAGAUUCCUGCACCCAUGUGAUAGAUAUGUACUGCUUCUGGUCUUUUGAGAUUUUAGUGCAUAUAGUUAGAUAUAGGGGUUUUCAACACGUUAAUAAAAUCUCAAUACUUUUGACAAAUGUCUUAUUUCAGAUUUUGUCUUGCCUUUUGUAUGCUGUGUCCAUAUUUAUGCUUAGGUUUUUAAGCCUUUGUUAAAGUUCAUAUUCACCCAGAGUUUUUCCAUUUUCAAAGCACAUCUACAUUCACUAUCUCAUCUGAAUAUCCCUGCAGUGCUGUUGGGCAAAUAUAGUUCCUGUUUCACUAAGAUUCAGAAAAGUUGGAUGCUAGCGAGGGGAAUAGGGUCAGACAGGAAGGGGCCAGUGUGAACCAGAGAGGAGACAGCCUGCUCCAUGUGCGGCGGAGCCUCACUGGGAUGCAGACCACCUGGAAAACUUAUUGAUUUGUAUGAUUCACAGCAUGGACCACUUCUGCUUCAUUUCCAUUCAGACCCAAACACAGACUCCUCUAAGUAUAGGGGACUCUUUUAUGGAAAACAUGUUCAUGUAAAUAUCAUUGCUAUGAACAUGUUUUCCACAACAGAAUCAUUUUAGUUUCGUAAAUCUCCUUCAUGUCUGGCUUGAAAGUGGACAGCUGGUCUCCCACACCCACUGCUGCCAUCUGCUGCAGGAUUACCCACCAUGUAGCCUCCGGAAAACUAGGGAGAAUGAGAGUAAAAAGCGCCCAUGAGGACCUGGUAUUGUUGUUAAAACAGUUUUGACCCCAUGAGCCCCUUGGGAAAAGGUCUCAGGGACUCUCAGAGAUUCCGCAACCACACAGUAAACUACAGACUUCCCCAUUCUCCCAAGCAAUUGAAGCAGGCUUAAGAACGUGAGAAUCCUAGUGAUAAAAUGCAGAACACAUGAGGUAUCCACAUUGAGGUAAACCCCAUAUUGUUUAACAAGUAUUCAUUUUUUCAAUUACCACAUUCAGAGGCCCAGUGCUAGAUGGAGACGUGUGACACCUUCUUAUCCAUGCCUGUCCUUCUCCAGCACAGAGCAAGAGACUAGGACUGGGUCCCACAUGCCGCACCCAGCUAAGGGUCUGCAAAGAACACCCAGUUCUUCGGCCUCAUAAUGCUGUUAAGUCAGCACAAACUCUGAGGUCUGCCCUCUGUGCAGGGGAGAGGUACUUGGACCUCCCAAGCCAGAACAGAGGAGCACCCAGAGACUUCCCAAGGGCAGAGAGCAGGGGCUUCCCAGCUUGUCGGGGCUUGGCGGGGCUGCAUGUGGUCCAGCCUGUGAGUGGAAGUGCUCAGUGCCUGGGGGGCUGGUCACAGUACAGAUCUACAUUAAGUUGACACCCUCGGCCACAAAGAGGGUUUCUCCCUCCCACGUUAAGAACACCCCUUGCCGACAGCAAUCUCUGGACUGAGGAGCACAUAGAUUGUGACAAGAAAAAUUCUGAAACAUCCUAAAUUAUAAGUGACAUAAGGGCUGAGGAUUGAGGGAGAGAGACAGGGGAAGGUCAUCAGUCAAUAGCCACACGACAGAGCUAACCACCAACUCCACACUCCUGGAUGAGGUCACUUCAACAAAUGUCUACAAGGUCCCCAGGACCACCGCAUCCCCCUGGUAAGUGACCAAUGUCUGACCAUCAUCAACAACCAGUCCACCUAUCCCAGGAUCACCCCCACUUCAUGUUAGCCCGCCUUCCUUAUCUGUAGCCCAUGUGAACUUGCUUUCUGCUAGACUCCUCAUGAAUGUGCCGUUUCUUGAGUCUGGCAGACAAGCUGUUUCUGUUAACAGCCUUGCUACUGGUGAAACAGAAACUGCCUGUCCCAGUACUCAGUCCUUAUCUGGCUGCAUCUAUCUGUAAAAGCCCAAUAAAACCUUUUAUUUCAGAGAUCUCUCAGUCUCUAGAGUUUAUGAUUUGUCGACUGUAAACCUCCCAGGAGCCAGGCCCACGGCCGACACUGUCUUUGUGACUCAGGACACCACAUGUGGAGCCAGGCAGCUGGAUUCAGGAGUGUCAAAGAUGGGAAGGGUUCUGGGCCACUUAGAAAGAUCCUCUUCUCACUUUACAUGUGGCCCUAAGAGGGGAGGGGCUUUCCUGGCAGUGUCGAAACUGGAAUCCAGGGGUCCUAACCCCAGGCCUCCAGUGCUCUCACACCACCAGGUGUCCUACAGGCCCCAGCAAACCAAACGAGUGCAGAGCGCAGAGCGGCCCCGGACACAGAAGGACACUGAGGUGCUGAGCCUGCACUUCGCUGUUAGCACCCUGAGGAACGGAUGAGCAGUUUCCCACAGCAAAGGUCUUCCUCUGGCAGUCAGCCAGAUGUAUUCUUGAGCAGCUGUGACUCAGCAGAAGGCAGCUACCUAUAAGCACAACUCUCUUUGGACAAGAAAUAGAAAGUAUAUGGAAAUAGUCCUGGUGAAAUUUUUAAAAAGGCCUGCAAUCAUUAAACUAAUUAUAAAAGUGAUAUAGCAACAUGAAAAAUGACUUGCAAUACACAAUGAAGGAAGAAAAUCACACAAAAUUGAGCCUGUGCCUUGAGUACAACUGUGCAGAAAUCAUGCAGGUAAGGGGAUCUAUUAAAAAUGGCCCAUUCAACCCCACAGUAACCUGAGGUCGGUCCUACCGGAGAACUUGCAUUCAGGUAUGUGAAACCCCGAACCUACACUCUUAGCCAUGGAGUAAUUUUUUUUUUCUUUUCCUUUCCUGAUACCUAUUUUAGAAAAAUACUCUCAUAGAUUACUAAUUCUCACUAUGUGUACAUUCGGGAAAGAAAAAUAAUCCGGAAAGCCUCUCCACACGGUGGUGCUAGAGGAAGGGCUCUACCAGCAGCUGGAGCCCAGGCCGGGCCCCUCCUCUCUCCCAGGCUGGUGACCCUGAGACUAGUCACUGGGGUCUGAAGACAGGCCUGCACCCUCCACAAGCUGCCUGCACCCUUGCCCUGGGGGCACUGGUGCCUCCAGCCUUUCCCGAGUGUCACUCUGAGCUCCUCCCACCUCAGCCGCCCACCCCGCAGCUGACACGGGUGUCCACUGGAGCCCUUCGGGGCCUGCUGCACCUAUGAACCAGAAAUGUCCUCCCCGUGCCCCAUGCUACAG